AUGUUUUCUACACGAAAAUCCCAUCUGCUCCUCCCAGGGGACGCUCUCUCUCUGCACUCACACCGACACCACAAGGUCCCAGAGCUGUCGUCCUCAACAGACUGGCCCCCAGACCAGUCCCAGAGAGGCCCCAGACCUCCCACAGACCUCCCACAGACCUCACACGGACCUCACACAAGUGCACCCAAAAACCUCUGCGCGCCAGCUCCUGUGUUUGCCCUGCGUCUGCACUCUCGUGCGACAGUGGCCUCUGUAGCGUGCCUUCGACUGCAGCGACAGUCUGGGGCAAAGCAGCAGCAGCAGUUGUUGGCGUGUGGCGGUGGAGUUUGUAGAUCGUAUUUGUAA